AUGCUCCGUGUGGCUGUCACCAUUGGGGUCCUGCUGGCUCUGCUGGGUGGCACAGUCACCCACUGCUGCGACGAGCCACAGGACCUGAUCUCCAGCAUGCUGCGAGAGAUGAAGAAGUCCAUCAAGGCUUAUCCACACCCCAGGUUCCUGCUGGCCAUGAGCUUGGCUGGGGACAAUAAAAGUGACAUCCAUGACUGGCUGCUCCAGUACCUAAAGGAGGAGGCUGUGGAGAAAGCCCAAGACAUGCACUCAGGACUGGUGGCUCUGGACGUGCUUGCCCUCCUCUCCUCCUGCCAGGACCCCAGGCAGGUUGAAGCCAAAGGGAAAACUGUUGACCUAGUCAGCAUCCUCCAGAAGAAGACAGAUGAGGAGGUGGUCAGCAUAUUGGUCAAUGGUGUCCCAAAGACCACCUUCUUCAGUGUCAGCCUGGAUGCCCUGGCCCUGUGCCUGGUGCAGGGUGCUGGCUACGAAACAGCAGCUGUGGUGCUGGCCCAGCAGGUGCUGAACACCAUUAAAGCAGCUCAUGUGGAUACCCGGGCCAUGAUGGUGCAGGCACUGGUGUGCACCUACAACCACACAAACCAAAGCUGUGUGAAGGACCUGCUCGGUAAGACACUGUCAGUGGUGACCAACGAGCUCCUUGACGAGCAGGAGAGGAAUGGUGGAAUGAUUGGGAACAUCUACAGCAUGGGAGUGGCCCUGCAGGCACUGGAGACCUCCAGCAAGUUUUAUGCCCCCCGGGAGUGGAACUGUGCCCAAGCCUUUGCUGUGGUGCACAGACACAACUACAGACAGCCCGUGCCCAUUGCCCAGGUCCUGCCUGCCCUCGUGGACAAGCCCUACCUGCAGGCAGCCAGCAUGGACUGCACUGCCCGCACCAGAAUGUCCCAAGACCACUGCUUCUCCCUGCCCCCAAGCCUGGAGACAGCCCAAGGUCAUGAAGCAUGCUACAGCAACAUCACAGUGCACUACUGCAUUGUCAACAAGCUGCAGGGCAAACACUUCAACUACUGCAUCCCAGUGGAGGUCCUACCUGGCUCUGUGCUGCUCCAGGUGCUGGACCUGGCAAAGCAGAAGGAACCUGACAUCUUUAGCUUCAAGAAGAAGGACUACCCCACAUGGGGCCCCAUGGUGGUCUCCAUCCAUGGGCUGGCUGCCAAUGACACAAACAGGACCUUCUGGGAGUUCCUCAGUGGCAAGGAUGCCCUGGAGGAAGGGGUUGGCACCUACAAGCCCCACGACAUGGAGCACAUCACAGCCAACUUCACCAAGGGAAUUUGGUGA